GAAGAUAUCUGGAAAGCUAUGACUUGUGUUGCACCAAAAGAUGCAAAAUUUCAAAAAAAAAACGACCAAAAUGGAAAUACAAUAUCGUCAGAACAUGAAAAAUGUGGAUAUAAUAAAACCACUCCUGUUGAUGACUAUAUCCCUCAACCUUUUCGUUGGUUAACAGAAUGGAGCGAAAUUUUCUGUAAAGCAAAAACAAAAAAACUGGAAAAACUACAGACGUCAUGUAAUGAAUGUACAAUUAAUGGCACAUCAUGUAAGGAUGAUGAUGAUGGAUCCAUAUGUGAAGAAUGUAAAGAAAAAUGUACAUCUUUUGGUAAGUUUGUUAAAGAAUGGCAAGAACAGUUCGCUAAACAAUCCAAAACAUAUAACGAAUUGUAUAACAAAGCAAAUAAUAACAGUGUUAGUACUGCGAACACUGUUUCGGUCACACCUGGAGGUAGACGUAACCCUAGAACUCUUGAAGACGAUGAUAAUAAACAUGUAGACAAUUUUUUAAAAAACGUUAAAGACAAAUGCGGUGAUGACAAGGCCAAAACGGCCGAACAGUAUCUGUAUAAAGCAAAUAAUUGCGUACAAUACAAAUUUACCCAAACUAAUGGUGUUGCUAAUAAUGAUGAUGAGACUUAUGCUUUUAACGAAAAACCUCCAAAUG